GUUGCAAUGCCGAUAAUGGUGUGCGUUGUUGUGCAGGUAUGUGGGGCAGUGUCACGUCGUGCAGCUCAGCUGUGUGGGGCGGGAAUGGCGGCCGUGGUCGAUAAGAUCAGAGAAAACCGAGGACUGGACCAUCUGAACAUCAGUGUAGGGGUGGACGGGACACUCUACAAACUGCAUCCACAUUUCUCUGGCAUCCUCCAAGGGACUGUCAGAGUUUUGGCUCCUCAGUGUACUGUGACCUUCCUGCCAUCAGAAGAAGGCAGCGGGAAGGGUGCUGCACUUAUUACAGCUGUGGCCCGACAGAAGCUGGAGACUUCACAUGACUGAAAAGAAAAAGGUUCUCCCCCCAGUGCUGCUGUUCUCGUCUAGUGGUCCGGAAGAGACGCAGACUGGCAUCGUUUGUAGCCUCACGUAGGAGUGGAUUUCCCAACAGCUUCCUUUUCUCUUGAGAACAAGGUUCCUCAUCCCAAAGAGCAUAAAACGUGCAGGUUUUUGCUGCAUGAUCCCCUGUGAUGCGUCUUACUCAUGAACACGUGUGUGCUGCCCUGGGACGAAAUGGAAGCUAAUAUGGUCAUUCAUACUUAAAGAAGGGGAUUAAAUUAAACAGAUUUUUGCUAGUUAGAAAAACCUUUCUGGCUGAAAAACUCUGAACAACUGAACAGUCUCUUCACCUCUGACGCACACACACACACACACACACACACACACACACACUCUCUGUUUGUCUCGCUACAAACAAUUAAAACUGCAGUAAUUUGCUUAUUCGUUCUUUAUUUCUUUGGACCCCCAUGAUUCUUUCAUUUGAUGCUUUUUGUUCAAUUUUGAUCCAUUUAGAAACCGUGGUGUGUGUUGUGCAACAGAGAGACAAAGAGUGUGUGUGUGUGUCCCUGUUAGUCAGCACUACUUUAGUAUUGAUGAAGGGCAGAAGGAGGUUUGGAAUGCAGCUGACCACAUUUUCCCAAAAUAUCAAAACAACCGGCGCUCUGUUGGGUCAUUCUGGACCGACCCUCCGUCCUUGUGAUUGCCUGUCUGUCUCUCUGCCUGUAUGUGCAUCUGUGCCAUUUUGCCGUCUGUCUGCUUUAUCCUCUAACUGGAGUCUCGGCCGAUUGCCUGCUUCUGUGUUUGUUCUGUUAAUACUGUUUAUGAUUAAAUAUCAGUACAGACAGAAACAUGGAGGAUUCUACCAAAAGACACCAAACAUUCAGAAAAGUGAUGAAAUAAUUCAACUGUAGAUUUAGUUGUAAUUUAGUGUCUUUGAUCAACUUUCAGUCUCAGGAACUGAAUUGUGAGGUCAGGCCUUUUGUUGUGAAUCUAAUGGUAAAAAUACUAAACCACUCAUUUUG